AUUUCCCAUGAAAAAUAAGAAUACAUAAAUCGUUAAAAAAUAACGAAUUUCAUUUACUCGUAAAAUUACAUACAUACAACUACAGUAUUCCCAUUAAAGAUUCGGUCAAUUAUUCAGGUCAAUCAAUUUGCAAAAAAUUAUGUGUUUAAAAUUUCAAAUAAUUCUGUCUAUUGGACUAAUACUGUCCACAUCAGCAGAAAUAAAUCAUGAUCAAGUUAUCAAUUAUUUAUCAUCUACAAAUUUACCACAAGCUCAAAAUGCAUUUCAUAAUUGCAUUGCUAAUUUAAAUAUAAAAAGUCUUGAAAAAAUGGACUAUAACAGAAUCAAUCAAUUUUUAAAACGAAUGAGUGAUGAAAUCAUUUCCUGUAAUAUUUAUCCAGAAAAAAUGAGUGAAAAAAUAAUAGAAUUUCUAAAAUUAGAUAUCUCUAAUAUUGAAAAAAAAUUUGAAGAGUGUUGUACUAUUUUUCACUCAAGUUUGUUUGCUGUAGAAAAACCCAAAUUUGAUAUAAAAGACGAUUUGAAAACAUAUAAAAACCUAUUGGAAUCGCGUUUUUAUCAAGCUAAUAAAAUUCUAGAUCGUUGCCUUAGCAAAUAUGGCACUGGAAGAAACAAUGAUGGACAUAAUAAAUACACUGAAACUUCAAUACUUGAGGUCCGAGCCAAACUUCUAGAUUGUACUUUCAGGAAUAUAGAUGAAAUUAUUUUUUAUAAUCUGUCUCCAGUUAAUGGCGUUCGUCGUAUAAAAGCCUUCUACCUUGGAUCUAAAAAAUAUGCUUUUGCAGAGUAUUGUGUUGCCGUUUAUUACACGUAUUUGAUUUUUAAUGAUUCCACUUUUCAUCAAAAUUUAGGAACUAGUGAUAGAACUCAAUAAAGUGUGAUGAAAAUUUAUAGUAUCCUUUAUUUAAUAAUUAUUAAUUUUAUCCUUUAUUAGUUUAUAUUAUUAUUGAGAUUUUUAUAAUAAAUUUUAACAUUAUUCAUCAA